AAAUGCACCUGCAUAGUCCUACUAUAGGCGUGUGACUCGAGAAGCUUCAUUCAUAUUUGUUGGAGAUCUUUCAAACUUCUUCCAGCGAGCAAAGCGGAAGCUCUGGAGCAGUUCAGCCUGAGAAAAGCAGAGUGGUAGAAAGCAGCCGCGGAACAAACAGCUCCAGCUCCCGUGUCUUUUCUCUGGCCUCUGUUCCUUUAAUAAACUCAUGGUUAUCUAGUGUAACAAAUGUCUCGCUGCCAUCAUCAAGUCCAGGCGAGGAGGGAGGAGUUUUUAAUGUUCAGUUUGUUCUAUGGAUCGAUGUCUGCUGGCAUCGCCUCACCCCCUUCGCCUGCACCGUGCGUAAUCCACCGCACCAUCACCAGAACGCCUUUUCUUCCUUUUUACGCGCACAUUUUUAUCCACGGCGCCAGAAAACAACAGCAGCUGCUCUGCCUGGACUCACUGACUGACUGACACCCGUCGAUCAACAUACGAGGCACUGAUGGACAAAAGCGGAUGGUGAAAAGAGACGAGUCGUAGCCUGGAGGAAGAGGAAGAAGAGGAAGGUGAACAGAGAGCCGCGUUUGAACAUCUGCUCCCCGCUUUGUAAACGAACCCUUCUUGGAUUCUUUUUUCUUUUCUUUUCUUCUUUAAAAACCACCGAGCAACUCGGAGAGAAAUAGAGACUUACACACACUCCGCACUCUCUGCUCCGUGUGUGUGUGUGUGUGUGUGCGUGUGAAUGCAUGGACUAGCGUACAGACCGCAUUCAGAUUUCACCUGGACACAGUGAGUGAGCUGCGACUCCAGAAAGAGAAACAAAAGCAAAAAUGCCACGGAGGAAGCAGCAGGCUCCCAAACGGGCUGCGGUGUAUGAACCAGAUGAAGAUGCUCCUCUCCAGGAUUCCAUUACAGAAGAGGAUGGGGAAAUCGAAACUCAAACUGAAGAAGAAUGCUCAGAAAAGACCAGCCCCAAGGCAUGUGAGGACAGAGAGCUGGACAACAAGAGUACCAACACAUACAGCAACCAGAACUCCCCCAUUAGCGUCCUCUCCAAUCAAGAGCUGGAGUUGGAGUCUCGCCUCAGUGACAGCAGUGACAGACUCUCAGACUUUAAAACGUCUUCGCCACCAGAGAGCCAGAAGGAUGAAGAAAGUCAUGGUUUGAAACAUAAAGAGGAGACGGGCAGCAGCCUGGAGAAAAUGAGAGCAGCCUAUGCAAAUUUUCUCUCGGAUUCCUACUGGACGGGAAUCGGUGUGGACUUGAAAAUGGGCAAAAAUACCAGCAAAGCCAACUGUGACAGCACCAAUGGCAGCAGCAAGGCUGAGUUUGACUGGCACCAGGAUGCGCUCUCAAAGACUUUGCAGCAGACGCUCUUGCCGAAACCGGCAUCCAAGCCCAACCUGUUCAGCUCCGUCCACCUUUAUAGGCAAACCACCAAACCUUGUGGCUCAGUGUUCACAGGAGCCAGCCGCUUCCGCUGUAAGGACUGCAGUGCUGCUUAUGACACACUUGUGGAACUGACUGUCCACAUGAACAAAAGUGGACACUAUCAAGACAAUAACCACAGCAAGCAGAGCAACUCCUCAGGCUCAUCCUCUAAAUCUCGGAAACGAAAUUUGCAAGACAUGGAAGGGAAAGAGGACGCACAGAAAGUUUUAAAAUGCAUGUUCUGCGGUCAUUCCUUUGACUCGCUGCAGGAUCUAAGCGUGCACAUGAUCAAAACUAAGCAUUACCAAAAAGUGCCUUUAAAAGAGCCAAUCCCCGUGAUUACACCAAAAUUGCUGCCACCAGCAAAGAAACGGGUGUUUGAAACAACAAGGCCUUGCUCUCCAGACUCGACCACUGGUGCACCUGGCUACAUUGACGCACAGCGGUCCGCCACCCUUUCAAAUGCCAACAACAAUCGCUAUGGAUAUCAGAAUGGAGCCAGCUAUACUUGGCAGUUUGAGACGUGUAAGUCUCAAAUUCUCAAAUGUAUGGAGUGUGGAAGCUCUCACGAUACACUUCAGCAGCUCACUACGCACAUGAUGGUUACUGGGCACUUCAUCAAAGUCACAAACUCUGCAUCUAAGAAGGGCAAACAGCUAGCACUUGACCCCCUGGCUGUGGAGAAGAUCCAGGGUGUAGCCGAGCCUGCAGCCAGCGACACAGAAGGAGAAAAGGUGUUGCCAAAGAAUCUCUCCCCUGGGAGCAGUGAGAAGAAAAGCCAGGGAGAAGGAACGUCAGACAAAAUGGAAGAACCUGAAACAAAAGAUGACAAGCAGGAGAGUGGGGAUCAAAAAGAGAGGAAUGGAGCCUUUAAGUACCCCUAUCUCCGUGAGGAAGAUCUUGAACAAGAGACAGGCGGAGGAGGUGACAUCCUGAAAUCUUUAGCCAAUACUGUGGCCUCUGCUAUCAAUAAAGCUCAAACAGGGACCCCAAGCUGGAGUGCGUACCCGAGCAUUCACGCUGCCUAUCAGCUCUCUGGUAUCAUCAAAAACACCCCCCUCUCUGCAUCUUCCCCUGCCCAGCUAAAGCAGACAUUUAACCACAAGCUGAGGCCGAUUGCCCCAAAGGGGAAGCUGUACCACAGUGCUUUGGGAGUUGAGCUUCCCCAAGGACUGCAUCAAAAUGUGGACAUCAAAAAAGAAAAGGUUUGCAUUAACGAUGGUAAAGAAAGUCAGAAUAUUAAGUUUGAUCUGCUGGAGAACGAUGACAGCGAUUGUCAGGAUGAUUCCUCUUCCUCUUCAAAGCUCGAUGCAGACUGUAUGAAUGGAGGUGAAGCGAUCAAAGAGAAGUUGAGCCCAGAUUUCUCUGACAGAGGCAAGACGCCGAGCCCCGCUGCCAGCAACGGACGCAGCAGUACAUCAGAGCCUCUCUGUGACACUCCAGAUAUGCUUGGCAUAAACCCUCUUAGUGCGCUACAGUCAGUUCUGAACAAUCAUCUGGGUAAAGCAAAUAAGCCCAAUAACUCAAGAGCAGAUAAACUCUCUGCACACGCCCAGUCAAUUUUUGCUGAGUUUAACCGUGGCGGCGAGAAGCCGUCUCUAAUGCUCGGAAGUCCUGUAAGAAACAGACCUGAUAAGACUUUUCUCAUGGUUAAUGAUGACCAACCAAUAGAUCUGACUAAAUCUAAGCACAGCAAGGCGAGCACCUUGUUGCUAGGGCCCUCUACACCAAUGCCGCAAAAAUAUGCUCUGUCUGACAUCGCUGACAUGGUUAAGGUUCUUCCAAAAGCCACAACACCAAAACCAUCCUUACCAUCAAGGAUUCCAACCAUAAAAUUGGAAUCGGAUGUCAGACGCUUUGAGGACGUGUCUGCUGAGGUGUACUCCGUCCACAAACGCAAGGGCAGGCAGUCGAACUGGAAUCCUCGCCAUCUUCUCAUCCUGCAAGCUCAGUUUGCCUCCAGCCUCUUCCAGACAUCUGAGGGGAAGUACUUGCUCUCAGAUCUUGGCCCUCAGGAACGGAUGCACAUCUCCAAGUUCACCGGCUUGUCGAUGACCACCAUCAGCCACUGGCUAGCGAAUGUAAAGUAUCAGCUGAGGAAAACAGGAGGAACCAAGUUCUUGAAGAACAUGGACACGGGCCAUCCGAUCUUCUACUGCAACGACUGUGCUUCCCAGUUUAGGUCACCAACCGCAUUCAUUUCCCAUCUGGAAUCCCACCUGGGUUUCCAAAUCAAAGACAUGUGCAAAAUGCCAGUAGAGCACCAGACGAAGGUGGAGGAGCCAGAAAUGCUGAAGGCCCUCAGCGUCAGAGCCACCGAGUCUCUGGUGUCAGAGGAAGACAUUGACUCAAAAUUUAAAUGUAAGCUCUGCUGUCGGACAUUUGCCAGUAAUCAUGCAGUCAAGCUCCAUUUGAGUAAAACUCACAGCAAAUCCCCGGAUAACCAUUCACAAUAUGUGGAAAUGGACAAGGAGUGAUGUUUUAUAUGGAUAUUCUAACUUUUUUCUUUUAUUCCUUUUUUUUUUUAUUACACGGGUCAGAUAUUUCAAGCAUUUUUCAAUUAGCGUUGUACAGUGUGCAUCAUCAUGACUUUAAGAAAAUAACUGAUGGAGUUCAGCAGAGACACACUGGUUAGAAAUUGUGUGAGGAAACACUAAGAGAUACUUUUGCACCCAGCUCAAAUGCACCACCAGUAAUGAAAUAUAUUACUGCUUGAAGAAAAACAUAAUUGCUGAUGUUUGCAUGCAAUAGCCCUGGCUAUGACUACUAUUUAUUUGUAUAUGUCAAGUUUCAAUUGUAUUUUAAAGUAAAAUAAAAAGAAUGAGCUAAUUGAACUACUUGUACAACCUCUGUGAUAAAGUACAUCUGCACAGAUGUGCAGCUUUUGAAGCAGGUAGCCCAAGACAUGACAACACACAUGCAUAACUGUACAAUAUAUCGCUGUGUAAACAUGUUUUGUGUUGCAAUGAUAGAAGAAGAUAAGCACUUUAAUAAAUGUAUAAUCACCGAUUUAGACAGAUUAUGUACAUUUCUCUAAAACAAUUAGAUUGUUUGGAAGCAAGAACAUUUCACAUGUACAUAUAUUUUAGGAAAACACAAAAAAGUUUGUUUCAUGCAACAAUGAGAACAACAUGACACCUGUGAUUACCUGCACCUUUUUUACUUAUUCAAAUAAAGAGUUAACAUUUGA